UCAUGAGAAAUUAAUCAGAUCCAAAUAUAAGAAAUUAAAUGAUAUAAAAUGCAGUUCCAGAAGAAAAAUAUAGAAAACCAAAUCCUGUUGGUAAUAAUAAAUGGGAUGAAGAAAAUUUUAUAAAUUUCUAAGUUAUGCAAAGAGGAUAGGAAAUUAAAUUGGUUACCUACAGAUGUAAUACAACCUUAGAUUAACCAAAAUCAGUUACUGUGUUUUUUCAUGGUUUGAAUGAACAUCUUGGCUUAUAUGCUCAUAUAGCUUAGGCAGUCAGCAAAUAAGCUAAUAGUGUUGUAGUAGGAUUUGACUUUAGAGGUUUUGGUAAAAGCUAAGGAGUUAGAGGUUGGCUGGAGUCCAGAUAAUAGCUAGAAAAUGAUUGCAUUCAAUUUAUUUAAAAAAUACAUAAUCUUUAUCCUGGUUUAUCACUAUUUACAUUAGGACAAUCAAUGGGAGGAAUGGCUUCAUAUUUAAUGGGACUGUCCAAUUAAUGUGAAGGUACAAUACUAAUAACUCCAGCCAUUAUGGAUAAUAGAAAUAAUUAAUCUUUUAUGAAAUCCUUAGGUUUAUUAUUUGGAGCUUGUUUUCCUACAUGGAAUCCUUUUCCUCCAGUAAGAUCACCUGGAUCAAGAAAUCCUCAAAUUUAAGAGGAAAAUCUCAAAGAUCCUUAUUGUACUUUAAUAGCUGUACUACCUGGAACAGGAAGAACAUUAGUUUCAACAAUGAGAUCUCUUCCCGAAACAUUCUCUACAUAUAAAAAACCAUUUUUAGUGAUUACUGCAGGAAUGGAUAAAGUAGUAGAUCCUAAUGUAGGCUAAGAAUUAAUGAAGUAAAGUCCUUCAAUAGAUAAAUAAAUCAUACAUUGCGAAGAGAUGUGGCAUAAUUGUGUACAAGAAGAAGAAAUUCUUGAACUUAUUCCAAAAAUUGUAGAAUGGAUUACAUAAAGAUCUCAUUAAUGA